AUGUCCUUUCACAUCUCUGCUAGCAACAUCCGUGUCGAGGAUGGCCACAUUCUGAAGGCCACGCUGUUCGAUGCCGAUGGAAACCCGGUAGAGGCAGAGUUUGAUCUCGAUAACGUGAUUGGCAACAAUGAUGGCAAGUCUUCUCUAUUACCUCUCCGGGAAAACGAGACAACUUGCACUAACUAUCAGCUAGGCAACUUCGAGUGGGGUGGUGUGAACUUCUCUCAGAGCGCCGAAAACAUUAGCUUCGCCAUCGAAGGAGGCGACUCUGUCCCGGUCCUCCGCGCUUCCUUGAAGACUAUUGACGGAGAGCUUGUCGAUCGGGAUAUCAACCUUGCCGAGCGCAUUGGGAAUAAUAACGGCUCAUUUGUCUUUGAGUAA